CGGAAUUCAUUACCUCAACACGCGAUUGAAGCUCCAUCUGUUGACGCUUUCAAAAGAAAGUUGAAUCGACUGUAAGACCAUCAUUAUCAGGACAAAUACAGGCUACCUAGCUUGCUGUCCUUUCCAAACGGAAACUGAAAUGAAACUGAAGUAUCCUGUAGAGAUAUGAAGGUCGUUGAAACGUAUGAUGGUAGCGGCUGUUCAAAACACCUAGGAAAUGGGUUUAUGAAGUCUCAAUCAUUCAGUUUUUCUCCUAUGCCUUUGGAUUUCAUCCGCCCUCCACCCGCCCCAGUUUUCAACCCAACACCUGAAGAAUUUACUGACCCUAUUAGUUAUGUUCAACGUAUUUCCUCGAUAGCAUUUAAUUACGGAAUUUGUAAAAUACGCCCCCCAAAUGGUUGGAAGCCACCUUUCUGUGUCGAUCAACAAAACUUUACUUUUGUCCCCAGAGUUCAGGAGUUGUCUGAUGUUUGUGCGUACAAUCGUGUGAGAUACCACUUUAUUACUUCUCUGAUAAAUUUUUGGGAGGCUCAGGAUGUUACCCUGUUCGUCCCCCAAAUAAAAGGAAGAAGUAUCGAUAUUUAUCGAUUAUGGAAACAGGUUCAGAGUACUGGCGGCUACCAGACUGUGUGCGAAAAAAAGCUUUGGUGUAAAAUUUGUGGGGAAAUCGGCUUGCCAGCAGUUCCGUCUUUUGCCUCUUCUCUGUCCUCACACUAUAAGAAGUACUUAUUGCCCUAUGAUACAUUUAUCUCUGAUGAAUCGGUUAAUGAUAAUGAGCAUUUAGAGUUUUCAUGUUCAAGUCAGUCGCGAAAAAAUAAACCACCGGUUGAAAAGAUGGUAUGCUCUGUGUGCAACCUUGGUAAUGAUGACAAAUACCUCCUCUUGUGCGAUGGUUGUGAAACCUAUGGAGCAUGUCACACGUACUGCCUUGAUCCACCUUUGUCUGAUGUUCCCAAGGGAAACUGGUACUGUCGUUCUUGCAUAAUAAGAAGAUAUAAGCGGUUAAAUCGACAUGAAGUUUUUGGAUUUAAAAGCUCAAAUGUAAAAUAUACUCUUCAUACAUUUGGGAUUCGGGCUGAUGAUUUCAAGGCAAAGCACUUCGGAAAACCAACGCAUAUGGUUUCACUUGAAGAGGCUGAAGCGGAGUUUUGGCGCCUUGUUGGCUCCGAGGAUACUGGAGUAAGUGUGGAGUAUGGGGCCGACCUGAAUGCUCGUGAACAUGGGUCAGGCUUCCCAACUUCCCGACAAGGAAGGACCAGUCAGAAGUCGAAAAACUAUGUUACUUCACCUUGGAAUUUGAACAACACUCCUCUGUUAGAUAAUUCUGCUCUUAGAUUUUUACCACGGAAUAUAUCGGGAAUGAUAAUUCCUUGGUGCUAUGUUGGUAUGGCGUUUUCUUGUUUUUGUUGGCACACAGAAGAUCAUUGGAGUUACUCCAUUAACUAUCUGCAUAUGGGUGAGCCAAAGACAUGGUAUGGAGUCCCAACGAACUACGCGGAUGCUUUCGAAUUGGCUAUGCGUUCUGAGGUCCCUGAAUUGUUUGUCAAUUCUCCAGAUUUAUUGCAUCAUAUGACUACAAUGGUCUCACCAUCUAGACUCCAAGCACAUGGUGUCCCUGUUUAUCGUACUGACCAAAUGGUCGGUGAAUUCGUAGUAACAUUUCCUCGUGCUUUCCAUGCUGGUUUCAAUCAAGGAUUUAACUUUGCGGAAGCAGUCAACUUUUGUCCGGCAGAUUGGCUUGAAUAUGGGCGAAACUGUAUUGAACACUAUGCACUUUUACAUAGAACUCCAGUUUUCUCACAUGCAGAAUUGUUGUGUCGUAUGGCUAAGUCUGUUGAACCACUCAGUGUGGAAUUUCUAACGGUUAUCACAAAACAAUUAGGUGAUUUACUUACUACUGAACGUAGUUUAAGACGUCAUUUGGCGAGGAUUGGUGUUAGACUUACUGAACGAAUGGUUUUUGAAAAUUCGGAAGACGAAAAAAGAGAAUGUGAUUUAUGUAGGACAACACUUUACUUGUCGUCGUUGGGGUGUAAAUGUUCGGAAAGUAUGGUUUGUUUAGCUCACUAUCAAAUACGUACUUGUUGUCCCCGUGAUAGCCAAAUUAUGCGUUAUCGUUAUGAUUUAGAUGAAUUGACGGAAUUUAAGGAAAAAUUACAGUCAAAAUUAAUUGAAUUUGAACAAUGGAAGAAUCAAAUUGAAAAUGAAGUAUUUAGUGCAAUGCAAAACCCUGUUGAUACAGUGAAAUUAUCAUCUGCGCUCAAAACAGCAACUACUACUAAUACUACUACUGAAAUCAAUCAUAAUAAAUCUGGUAAUAAUUUAGAGCAGCAAACAGAUCUAUUGAAAUUAAAUAAUUAUUUAAAAUUAUCCAUUUGUGAUAAUGUUGAUAAUAGUGUUAAUAAUUCCAGUAUUGUUAGUAGUAAUAAUACUAAAGAAAAUGAUCGUGAAGAUAUUAUCGUUGAUACUAAACUAGAUACUGACAACAAAAAUGAACUUGCUACUGUGGAUUCAAAGCCUUCAUCGUCUAUUUCUUUGAAAAUUGAUCCAGAACAGCAUCAGAAAUUAACUCUGUUUGAUUUAAAUAAACUUUUAAAACUUGGUCGGUCACGACAGUAUCCCAAUACAUUAGUGGAACGUUUAAAUUACGUGGUUCAUACUAUUAGUGAAUGUUCAUCAGUCGUUCGCAAACUAAUUACCAGCUAUAAGAAUGCAUGUGAAUCAAUGAAAAUCACUCAAGAAACUGAAAUGAAAUCCCUCAAAUCUGAAUCGACAGAUUCAGGGCAUGAAGAAGAAGAUGACGAUCAUGAUUUUGAGAAUGAUGAUGAUGCUGAUAAUGAUAAUGGGGCUUCUGAACGCAAAGAAGAAUUAAAACAAAAUACUAAUCAAACUGUACACAAUAUAUUACACACUUCAACAUCUAGCAGAUCUAGUUCAGAAACAGAUGAUGAAGUUAGUAUUGAAGACUCUCGAAAUUCUACUGCUACUUCGUUUACUAAAAACAGUCGAAGGUUAAGUAGUAGUUUUCACGGUGAUGAUGAUGAUAAUGAUGAUUAUACAGAAAGGUUAGAACAAAGAGAAGAGGAUAAAACGGAGGUGACUAAUCAAAACGAACAAGUGAACGUUUCAUUAAGGGCCAACUAUCGUAAUAAUAAUAGUGAUAAUAGUAAUAAUAAUAAUAACAGUUGUCGUAAACUCAGGUCAAGAAGUACCAGUUGUCAUUACGCCAGUUCAAAUCGGACUAGAAAUAAAUCUUCCGCAUCAAAAGGUCCUUUUAUUUCGAAACUAACACUAAAUGAAUUCGCUAGUCUAGUUAAAUUAGCUUCAACUUUACCUGUUAUUUUACCGGAAUACAAAGAUCUACAAGAAUUAGCUGAUCAUAUCACUAGAUGGAGAAGUGAAGUGCGUGAUUUGUUAGUAAACCUAAACAAGAAACCUUUUCUUAAUAACAAUAAUAAUGGUAAUGAUAAUGUCAAUGUUAAUGAUGAUUGCAUUAUUUCCUCAUCUAUUUCCGACAUCAACACUACUACUAAUGAUAGCAGUAGUUUGUGUGAUCUAUUUAAAAUAGAGCUACAACUUCGAUCAGUACUGCCCUCCGUAAUAAAAGUUGCAGAAUAUAUCAACGUUGGCAGCGCGAUUGAUAUUGAACUACCCGAAUUAAAUCAAUUGAAAAGAGUUCAUGAAUGCCUAACAUGGUUAGAAAAAGUGGACAAAGCGUUGAAUUAUAAAUCAAAUUCUGUUCAUGAGAAAAUUGAAAAAAAUAUUACAAUUACCAGUAAACCAACAUUAAGUAAUCUAUGCGAUUUACAAAUUCAAGGAAGUCACGUAGCUUCAGCUAUUGCUUAUGUAAUGAAUAUCCCCGAAAAUGCCUAUUCAUCAUAUAAUUUUUCUUCACAUAGUUUAUUAGAUACAGUUUUAAGUAUUCAAAGUCGUCAUCUUUUAGAAACGAUAUCUACAGUAAAGUUGGUUGAAGAAAAAUUAAAUGAAAUUAUUCAAGCCAAACCUGGUAGUUUAUCUUUGAAUUCAGUCAAAGAACAAUUAAUUAUAGCCAAACAAUUACCAAUUCAAUUAACUGCCAUUACCAAUGUUCAAUUAAUAUGUGAGAAAGCAGAGAAAUAUGAGAAACAAUUUGAAUUAUUUGCAAAGUUACUCUUACAGAAUGUUUCAUUAUCACCAUCAUCACUGAAUGAGUACAAUCGAAACACUUUUAAACAAGAACAAUGUUGUUAUACAGAAGGGAGACAGAAUAAAAAAGAAGAAGAAGCAAAUACUGCAGAUAAUAAUGGUAUUAAUCAAUGUACUAUGGAUCAAGAAAUAUUAGACGAGGUUGGCUUAGGCUCAGUGAAUUCCACUCCAAUCAAUUGGCAGUCUUAUUUUAAUACAUUAGAAGAUAAUAUACAAGACUGUGUCAUAAAAUUCCCGCAGAAUGAUUCCAUAAGGAAACUACUAUCAGAUUUGAAUAAAUUCCAUGAAAAAUUAUCAAAAUUAUUUAUACGACCACAAUCAACUCGAAGUUUAUUAGAAAUUCUACUGCCUAGAUCAGCAUCUGCAUUAGAAUGGCUUAUUCGUUUAGAUGGUGAUCCAGAUAUUAUACCGGAUUCAUAUAGAAAUAAUUUCAAUUUAGAUGCAAACAACUGUCCACCUACUACAUAUAAACGGCAUACGCGUAGUCCACAUUUUCAAUCAUUAACAUAUAAAUCGUUAUGUAAAGAUCAUGUACAAGAAUUCGCUAAAAUUUCAAAUGUGUCUGAUUGGGAACAAAUGUAUAAUUCAACAUAUAAUCGUUUUGUUGAAGCUGAAGUUUCAUUAAUGCAUUAUUUGCGUAGUACGAAUAUGCGAAAAUCACGAGCGAAAAAUCAAGAGAAAAUUGUUUAUUGUAUAUGUAGACAGCCUGGACUUACUAGUUUUAUGCUUCAGUGUGAGUUAUGCCGUGAUUGGGUACACGGUCGAUGUGUUACACUCCCAGCUUUAAAGGAUUCAGAAACUGAACGUAUGAGAUACAUCUGCCCACGGUGUGAGUGUAGUUUAAGACCAGAUCUAAAACAAGUCUUUAAUUUUGUCUCAGAACUUAAUAAUCUUUUUUCAUGCAAUAAUGAUUCAAAUCAUGACCAAACAGUGAACAGCAACGACAAUCAACAUGAGAGGAGUUUGUGUUUUCAUCAGUUUCCAGAAUUCGUUGCAGUUCAACUACUUUGUUAUCGAGCUAUUUCCUUUAUCAAGCAUAUUCAAAAGUCGAUUGCAUCUAAUACAGAGCUAAAACAAGCUCUGUCGGAUUACGAACAUUUUUCCAAUAUGACUAUGCCUUCAAUCAACUUAAUAGAAGAGAAUAUUUCUGAGGAAUUAAUGUCAAGUUCAAAUUGUAAUGAUACUUCUCAAAUACCAACUAAUUCGAAAAAAAUUUAUCUUCCGACAAAGGGUACAUCACCACUUGAUCUUGCCUCUUCUUCUAAAAGUUCUUUAGGUUCUGAUCGUCGCUCUUCAAAUACCACUGUUCGAUCAAUAAUAUCGCAUUCACAAGAUUAUCUUGAUACUGAUUUUGCGAAAACGCAAACACUUGGUUCAUAUUUACCAACAUCUAGACCGCGAGCUGGUAACAUUUCAAUGCCUGCUAAAUCACCCUGGAAAGUAAUGAAUUCUACAAUGUCCAAAAUGGAAAUGUCAGCUAAUCGUAAUCCACGUGAAUUUAUCAUUCCUGAUGAAAUGCGUUCUUCUUCAUCAUCAUCAAGGCUGUCUAAUUUGGAAUUACAAUUUUCCAGUUAUAAACAAGGUUUUAAAUCACAAUCUUUAGGAUCAGAUAGCACUGUAUGCACGCAUUCAGGUGAACUAAAAGAAACGGAAGCUGCUGAAGCUUUAGCUGGUCUUUCAGCAUCUUUAAAUUCACAAUCUUCUAUUGUACAGAAACAAGAUUUAAGCUUAUCAUCAGUGUAUAAUCGACAUUCGUACAGUAAUUUCAAAACAGAUAUUUCAUUUGGUCAAUUGGGUAGUCGUAGCAAUUUAUCUGGUAAAAUUAUGAAUCAACGAGAUGUUGGUUUUAGCCCAUGUUCUACUGAUAGGUCAGAUUCAAUGCACUUUAAUAAACUUCACCAUGGUCCACUUUUAUCACCAAACCACAUUCGAGAUCUUUGCAAUGUUAAUCGUCUUGGUCAGUCCAAAAUUCCAACAACCGACCUCGAAACUACAAGAAAAACAUCUUGUUUACAAUCGACACGAAAAUUUUACUUCCCAUUGUCUGCAGAAGCUCGUAAAAUAUUAGAAAAUUUAAUAAUGGAAGCGUGCUUAUUAGAAGUACAUUUACCACAAACACGAUGGUUAUGGCAAUUGCAUUUAGCUUCCGAUCAAGAAACAGAAUCUUGUGGCGCCUAUCAUCCAUUUGUUGCGAAAAUAGAAGAAGAACGUCUUAAGCGACGAAUUUUACGUCAUAUCCAACAAUCAAAUCAAUCAAAAUUAUCUGAACGAUUUAGGGCUGGUCGACGAAAAAGAAGAGGUUCUGGUUCAGUAGGUAAUUUUGUCAACGUAUUGAAUAAAAACAUGGAACAUUCUGAUGAUAGCAACAUAUCUUUAACUGAAAAUAGUGAGUUACAAAAGCGCCAACGUCAUAGUCCGAUAUAUUCAGAAGCAGAGGAAAAACAGAGUGGUUCAUCAUCAGUUUCAGAUCCUAUUACUCAUCCUACACUUAUUCCUCGCAGGAAGGCUUAUCGUUUAAGAGGUCGUGCAUCAGAUCUGACUAUAGCAAGACGAUAUAAAAUGGGUAGACCUAGACGUUUGUUGCCUGUACGAAGUCGGCGUUCAGUUCAACGACCGUCUCACGCUAUUGGUUAUAGGUCUAUGCGCUCCACUGAACAGAAACAUUUUUAUAAUCCUACUAUGCGAAAUGUGCUACAACAAGAAUGUCAUACAAUGUUAUCUAACAGUAAACAAUGUAAAAUGCCAACUAACAGGCGUGCUAGAAAUCUAAGUGGCCAAUUAUGCAUGGCUUCUCGCAGAACUGGACGUGUUUAUCGUGGAGAACGUCUUGUACGGCGUCUGCACGCUUUUUCUAAUAAUGAAUAUAGUGAUUCGUCAACAAGCGAAGAACACUUGGAAACGACACCAACAAAUGAACAAUAUCACUCAAGACAUGGAUCAAUACCGUAUCGUAAAAUGACGUCCGGUUAUUUCAGUUACAGUGUCGGGAGAAAAAGGUCAGCUUUUAGACAUGCUAGACUAAGUGGAAUUCGAUCAACAAUGGCAGCAACAAAAACAAUGUUAAAUAAUGAUGAAAGUGAAGAUGAGAAUGUAGAUUGUGCUACAGAUGAUCAAGCGUCUAAUUACGAAGAUGAUGAGUGCCCAGCAGGACCAUGUCUACAUCCACAAACUGGUACUGUAAAAUGGGUACAGUGUGAAGCGUGUUGUCGAUGGUAUCAUCAGAUAUGCGUCGGAAUUCAUCAUCAUUUCCAGCUUCCUAAAGUAUAUUUUUGUCCUACAUGCCAUCAACGUGCUACUCACGGUCUCACUGUACGUCGGAAGCAACUUCCCACUGUUAAAAAUUUUAGUAGACUUCCUAGUGAACGUUUUCCUGAUAAACAUCCAUCAAAACUUCAUUUACGUACAAAAGCAACAGCUGGAAGUCCUCUUAAGUUAGGAUCACAUUUAUCACGGCGUCCAGUCGGUUGGACCACUAAAUCAGCAGUAUUAUCACCUCGUUUACCUAAAUUACGUCCUUAUAAUGGUCCGGAAGUUUCAAAUGUGCUUGAUGAUGACUAUGACGAUGAUAAUGAUAAAAGUAACAAUAAUACCACUGAAGAAAAAGAUGUGAAUUCCACAUUGAAUCAAGAUAUUCCAGUUUUGACUAGUCAACUAGUAGUUGAUAAUUGGUGUGAUAUUUCUCAAAGUUCUGAAGAACCUUCAAUAAAGAUACCUGUUAGUUCGCCACGCGAAUCUGUACACAUGGAUGAACCUCCUGUUAUUGAUGCAUAUGAACAUGUUCCAAAUAGUACGUUUAAUUUCUUUUUUAACUGUUAGCUUCUAUUCUACUAACAUAUUUACCAGUUAGAUAAGUUUAUUUUUCCAGCUUAGCUAUGAAGCAUUGACUACAAUUUAAUCAUUCAAUUAACAAACAAUAGGUUUGAACGUCACUGCAAUAACCACAAUCUAAGAAUCCAGAUAGGAUUUUUUACCACACUUUAAGCAGCGAAUAUGCAGAGAACACAAAAUUGUACUUGGUUAAUGGUUUAGAAUCAAUUAAAAUUAAUCCUGAAACUCCAUCUUAUAAUGAUGAAUUUACUCUAAAAUUCAGAAACAGCAACUAUUUGAUAAUAUUUUAACGUUGUUUUACUCUAUUUCAUUCUUCCAGAUUGUGUGUCUUUAAAGGAUGUUUUAUUUGAACUAUUGGAAAAUAGUGGAACUUUAAUUUAUUAGGUUUGCUUUUGAUGUAAUGCUUUGUCUUUUAUCCGCUUUUUUAUUAUUUUGAAUUUAUGUACAGAUGCUCUUCUGAAGUAGAAUAUACAUCCGUCUCUACAAUGUUCCGAACCAGUAGUAAUGUUAAAUAAUCCAUUGUUAAAAAUCAAGUUUUUAUUCAUCAGUUUCAAGCUACUAGUCGUUGUCAUAUCACAGCAGUUACGGUGUACUGCGCUAAAGGUAUAGGGAUUUGUUUGAUGCGCUUUGUUUCUCAAGUUCAUAUAUUCUUUGUUUUAUCAAUUUCUAUAGGUUUGCAACAAGGGAAUUGUUAAAAAAAGUUUGGAAUGAGUGUAUUAUUUUAGUAUCUACUCGAUUUACCAUCAGAUUUUAUGUGUUUUUUUACCUCUAUUUUCAUAACAUUCUUAUACUAUUUUAUAUGGUCCAUUCUACAGCUGCCUUACUGCCUACACCUAUCAUGGUCUGUUUUCCUUUUCUGUUCAUUAUCUCUUCUUCGAUUACUACUGAUACUAUUACUACUCCUACUACUCUGGGAUUUAUCUUAAAAUAUUUUUUUUCGUUGACUGAUGUGAUGUGGAAACUUGAACCGAAGUACAUACGUAUCAGGUUUUACGCCGUGUAUGACUGACUGGCCCGAUCUGUGUUUAAUUUGAUGUAUGCAAGGAAUAUCACCCCUUUGAGCAAGUAGGUCUCAACUGUUAGUGUCAUGUAGUAGAUUUUUUUGAAACUUUAAUCACCGUGCGGUGGUACGAUUAUUUAUAAUUUUGAAAAAAAAACAAGUUUCCGUGAGUUCAUUUACUGAAGCAUUGAAAUAAAAACGAGUUUUAUGGUAUGACUGUCAAGUUUGUAGUUUCCACUGCUGUAUAUUGUCGCGAUAAAUUAUAGGGGAUUUCUGGACUUCCAUAAUUUUAUCCUCUUUAAAAUUGUUAUUCUACUUUUUUCUGAUGGAUUUUCUUGUGUGGUUUUUGGGUGGAGCAGUGGCUUGGUGGGUUGAUUGAGAUAUUCAACUUUCGGUCACCAGGUUCCAUGUUCGUACCCUGUUGCACGUCAGUUUACGCAACCGAGUAGUAUCAUUAGCCCACACAUUUAGUGAAAUUUUGUUUUCUUUCUUAUACAUUUGAUAGAUUAUACUAAUGAUGAAGAUGCUGUUGAAGUUUCAAAGGGACCAACGGAGGUUCUCUUGGAAGCAUUAGAUGUUAUGAGUAGUGAAAAUCAUUUCAAAUAAUUUUACUUGAUUAUCCUGACGUGUGUUAUUCUCCACAUUGUACUACAAUCAUCAACAGUUUUCAUAUUUAAUAGUCAAAUAUUUGACAGCUCAUCACGACAAUGUCUAUUUUAUAUUCGUUUAUUGAACAGAAGUAAUUCCAUGAAAUUGUAAGGUGUGUAUACAUGUUGAUGGUCAUUACAAUUUGUAAAUUAAUAAAUGAAAAUAGUCUUUUAGUGACUUAAAUGCUAAUUUCAUUGUUUUUUUUUGGAAAUCUUCGUUUAUCAGGUUUUAUAUAUGUAAUUGAUAAAUCAUCUCUGUACACAUUGUUUUCCUUUACUCAAUUCGGAUCAUUUUUCAUAUAUUUGAUCGUCAUUGUUUUAUCUUUACAUAUAUUAUUGUCAUCGAUUUAUCUUUCCUCAUAUUACUGUAAAAUGAACAUGUUUAUUUUUCAUACAUUGAUGAUUAUAAACUGCACCAUCUUCAACAGUAAUUUGUCGAGAUUUCACUUAAAACAUUACUCGAAAUUGUUUGAUGCACAAUACUAUAGCAAUACGUUUCUUUUUUCAUUUAGAAUUAUCAGUUGUUUUUGUCACUUGACCUAUUCGUAACUCCAUAUUAUUAUACUACUCGAUAAAUGUAUCUUCUUUGCAAACGUACACAAUAAUCAUUCUCCCAUAAAUUUUGUUGUUAAUUUUCGAUUUGUUUCUCGGACUGUUCUCUUUAUUGUUAUAUCGAAAGUAAUGAAAAAGUACCGCCUCAAUGACGUCAGCGUAGCGUUAUUAUUAUUUUUAUUGUUAGCAAUGCCACUUUUUGAAUAAGUCCGUAUGUUUUCAUAAAUUUUUCCAUUUUAUCACUCUAAUCAGGGAUAAUGAUUUGGGUGAAUAAUUUUGAAGGAAGAUGAAAAUGGUUACUCGUUUGCAGCUGUUUGUUAUAUGCAUUUGUUUUUUUUACCAAAUAUGAUUACUACGUAAGAUUUCGCCAAUAAAGGCUUCGUAAAAAUUUCAUAAAUGUUCCAUUCUACACUUAUACAUUUUGUAUAAUACUUAAAGAAAAAUGGUACUGGAUUAUUCAUUUUGCAGCCAUUUGUUCAUUAGUUGCAGGACGUUUAAUUGUUGCAGUUAUCAUUGAAUUAUUUGAAUCAUUGAUUACAGUGUGUUAUUCUGUUUAACAUGGUCCAGAUAACCUGUUAGGAUUAAGCUAGUAUACGGAAGAUUUAAUGGAACCUUAUAGUUGAUAGAUAUAAAUGGUUAUUAGGCAUAUGUUGUUAACUGCAUUAUGACAUUAAUCACAUAUUUUUGGUUGUCCUAAAUCUCUUUUUUUUAAAUGGAAACGUUUCGCACUAUUUAUUUCUAUUUCUUGAUCAUGUUCUUAAAACAGCUUUUGUGAAACAUAAUUAAAUGAAUGUUAUUAAAUGAUUAAGGGUAAUUUUGGUCUUUAGCUUUUAAUGGAUUGGACCGUGGGAACCACAUGCCAUCAUUUGAUAUUUAACAACUAGGUUUAAAUCUUAGUAGUUUAAUCACUACUUACAACCAUUGGGUAGCAGGAUUAAUUCUUGGCUAUUCUGGUGUGUUCAUCAGUCCUUAUACAAUAAAAUCAUGAAUCUAACCGCUGUACACCAACCUUUAUGUACGUUAAAUGAAUUGGAAAUUUUUUUACGAAAGAAAAUUUUGUCUUAGAAUUUAGUUAAUAAAAUAUUGCAUUAUUAGAUUUCGAUAGUUUUCAUUUCUAUCCAUUCAUAUAUACUCUUCAUUUGUUCAGGUUAAAGUGUAUAUUUUAAAGAUGCUGCUUGCUUGAUCAUCCUAAUUCUUGCUAAUUUUAUUCAGAUCACGAACCAAUCCAAGCUAGACAACUAUUGAAUACCUGGAAGCAUUGAACUGUCGUUUCGUCUCAUCAACGUGCAUUGACAACGUUGUAACCGGGAAUUGAAUCUAAAAAAAGGAAGAUGGUCGUGCAUUAUCGUGGGUUGAUCAAACUUAGACUUGAACACUAUUGGAUUCAGGUCCAGUGGUCUUGAGGUUAAGCGUUUAUGUGUGAGGCCGACGGCCCUGGGUCCAAUUCCCGGUAUGGGGUGGUGGUUGCGCACUGCUAAGGAGUUUGAUACCAAGACAAAACGGCUGUCUCGUGCUUCCUUAUUUCUAAUGUUUAUCGAACUUAGAUCGAUUUGUGUUCUCCAUUGAAUUCAGCGAUCUUCGUAAUCCGUUAUUGAUACUUUUAUUGUUAGUAUCCUGAUGCAAUGAAAGAACUAAAAAGCGAGUGCAGUCUCAAUAAAAAGUGAUAAACGCUAGAAAUCAUUUAUAUACGAUCUGAGAAUUAAUAAAGAAAAUAAACAAUUCGUAAACAUCUGCUUUUAUUUAGUCGUUUGUUUGAUUAAACCGGUAUUUAUUCAUAUGACUCUUGAUUCUAACAGACUACCAUGAUUGCAAAAAAUAAUAAUAUGGUUCGUUGUAACUCUUCGAUUACGCAAUAGAUACGCUUUUAUUUUAUCACUCGUUUUUUUAGUUGUACUUAACUAGGCGUAUUCUUUGAGAAUUGUAUAGAAAUAUUCACGUAACGAAAUUGAAAUACUGUGCAUUGUUGUUUAGUUGAAUUCAAUAAAAUAUCUUUUUUUUGUAAAAGUAGACAGAAGCAAGGAAUUUAUUAAAGUAUACAUCUUUACAACAAACUAAUUAUAACAGUGAAUUAUUUUCCGAAUGGUAUGUUUCUUCCCAGAUUAAUAAUUCUUUACCAUAAGCAGCUGCAAUGUAUAUUUUAUUCCUUUCUUGUAAAAUGAUUGAUUUGAUAAGUGGAAAAGAUGAUAAAAAAGGUUGAUUCUCAUUCAUACAAGCAUUAUAUACAUACUGUGGUCCAAUAAUUUUUUUAGAUUUAAUAUGUAAACCAUUAGAAUAGAAGUUUAAUAAUUGAAUUUCAGUUUGAUACUUAUUUAAUGAUGAUCGUGUCAAUAUAAUUAACUGUAAAUAUGAUAAUAUUAAGUGAUAUGUUUUAGUAUUUGUAGAAGGAAGUAUAAAUACCGGGAUGAUUGAUUCCACUUUACCAGUUAUCUCUAAACAUAAUGACGACGAUGAUUCCGUUUGAGUUUUAAUCAAAUCAUCAAUUGAAUAUAUCCAUAAGUUUGUAAUUUCUGUUAUUUUAUUAGUCGCGUAUAUCAUAAUAUAAGGAUUGCCAAGUUUAUCAUGACUUUCUUCAUCGUCUGUAAAAAAAAAGGAUUAGGAGGAUAAAUCGAUUUAUCAUCGGAAAUUUAAUUUAUUAAACGUUGAAAAGAACUCUCCCUUCAGACCGGCCAAAUUAACCCCCAGAUGGUAUUUAUUAGUCUCCACAAUGGUGAAAGUACUCCGCAGAAGGUCUCCUAUAUGUCCUACACCCAGCCAGUCCUCAGGAACACGGUUUCAAACAACCUCGGCUAAGGGAACUGAGUAAACCUGGGCCACCCCGAAGGACAAGCAGCGGGAUUCCGACUCGCGAAAAGAAAGAGAAUAGCCCUCCUUUUACCCUAGCCGAUAGUCGAUAUUCUGGUGAGUUUCACCCAUGCUACUGGAGGCCUACAGCACUGACACUGCAUAUGAAUUCGGCGACGCUUAGCCAACUAGCACCGUGUUUUCAGUAGGAACCACGAAGAGGUAGUUUCCACGCAACUAUAACACACGAAAGGACCAAAAACCAUUAUUAAAUUAUCCAGAGGAUAUAAUAAAUGCUCAUAUCCCGUUUUAGGUCAAGGGUUCAAGACUGUAUUAGCUCUGAACAUGGUCACUUGCGGCCUAAACGGAGUCGUAGUUGAUAAAUCAUAAGACAAUUCAUAAGAUGAUUCGUCUUUUGUGAUAUUCGUGCAUUUUUUCAGUAAAAGUAUAUGUCGGAGUGGUAAUGAGUUUUAAUUAUCGCGUUAGAAAAUCACUGUAUAAUAUAUUUUUUGGAAAUAUACUAUUUUCUUACUAUUUAGCUUCUUGUUUUAAUGUUUUCAUAUCCAUUCUUAAUUAACUUGCAACGUACAAUAAACGUUCGAUGU